AUGAAGACAAUAUACAAUGCUAGGAUCCGAAAUAGAACCAAAGAAUUUGCUGGGAGAACCCAAAUGCAACAAUUGCUUACUAAGUUAUCCGAACACAAUUAUAUUGAGUGGCAUAGGACAUCUGGGGAUAUUGUAACUGACCUGUUUUGGACACACCCCAUUAAUAUUGAUAUUUUGCGCGCAUUUCCACAUGUACUUAUCAUGGAUUGCACCUAUAAGACUAAUAGGUAUCGUUUCCCACUAUUGCAAAUUGUGGAGGUGACAUCUACUAAUAUGACAUUCUCUGUUGCGUAUGUGUAUAUGAAUGCCGAGAAGGAAGACAAUUACACAUGGGCAUUGACUGCGUUGAGGAAUUUGUUGGAUGAUAAUUGUCUUCCUGGUGUUAUUCUCACCGAUCGAGAGUUAGCACUCUUGAAUUCUAUUACGUCUAUAUUUCCGAAAGCACGACAUUUAUUAUAUAGAUGGCAUAUUAACAAAGGAGUGUUGGCAAACUGCAAGAAGUUAUUUGGGACCCUCAAACAAUGGAAGCAAUUUAAUGAGGAUUGGAAUACUUUGGUUCAUUUGUCUCCAGAUCAUCCUAUUCCACCAGUUUCUAGAAUGUGGCAUGAACAAAGUGACAUAUGCAAUGUAACACAUUUGUACUCGAGGUACCAAGCACGUGUGGAUGCUUUUCAACAACUUCCGGGAGUGGAGAAUGUAGAUGGAGAUGGGUGUGAUGGUUCUGUUUCAGAGAUGGUUCAGGUUUGCUGGAGGCGAUGGCAAAGGGCUUCUUCGAUGGUGAGCAAAGAUCUGCGAUGGCAAGGGAUGAGUUCUUCGAUGUUCUGCGAUGCAGGCAAUGGCAAAGGGCUUCUUCGAUGGUUCUGCGAUGGAGGUUGGUGUAAAUGGGAUGGGGUGUGCAAUGGGGUGUGUCUGCAAGAGGAGAGAAUUUUCGGUGGGGUGUGGCUGGAUAUCAGAUGGGGUGGGGUUUGA